ACCAUAGCAUCAAAACCUGAAAAUAUAUUCUGGGGAUUUUAGUUUUGCAAAACCUGUGGGGGGAGAUUCUUGCUGUCUACUGUUGGUGUGGUGGUUUCUUCAACUGACAACAACAACAACAAGAUGCUGUUUUCCACUGCAGUGAUCGGUUGAGUAACGAGACUGAACUAUUGAGUUUAAGAUUCAACGUUUAAAGAAGUCAAGAAUCUUGUAGUUUGCUGAGAUGAAGUUCAUGAAACUUGGAUCCAAACCUGAUUGUUUUCAUUCAGAAGGGACCAACAACAUCAGAUAUGUUGCAUCUGAGUUGGCCUCCGACUUCGUUAUUCUUAUAGGAGAUGUGAAGUUCUAUUUGCACAAGUUCCCUCUUGUUUCCAAGAGUGCUUCUUUGCAAAAACUGGUGACAAGCUCAAACGAAGGAAACAGUGAUGAAGUUCACAUCCAUGACAUCCCAGGAGGGCCCACUACCUUCGAACUAUGUGCCAAGUUCUGUUAUGGGGUGACCAUCACAAUGAAUGCUUACAAUGUGAUUUCAGCACGGUGUGCUGCUGAGUAUCUGGAAAUGAGAGAAAAUGUUGAGAAAGGAAACCUGAUCCACAAGAUUGAUGUUUUCUUGAACUCAUGCAUACUUAAAAGCUGGAAGGAUUCCAUAAUAGCUCUCCAAACCACAAAACAUCACUUGCCCAUGUCUGAGGAGCUGAAGUUGGUUGGCCACUGCAUUGAAGCUAUAGCUUCCAAGGCAUCUACCGAUCCGUCCAAGGUGGAUUGGUCCUAUACGUAUAACCGGGAAAAGACACCAGAUGAAAAUAAUGGCAGUAUUGAUCCUUUAAGAAGCCCCCGGAUGGUGCCACAGGAUUGGUGGGUUGAUGACUUAUGUGAACUUGAAGUGGGCAUAUAUGAGCGAGUUAUCAAGAGUAUAAAAAACAAAAGGAUCAUUUCUGAUAAAGUCAUAGGAGAAGCUCUGAAAGCUUAUGCUUCUAGAAGGUUGCACAAGUAUGGUGAUGAUGCUUGGUCAAUAUUGGAUUCAAUUGUGUGGCUUCUACCUGCUCAGAAAGGCAGUGUCCCUUGUCGGUUCUUGCUGAAGUUACUGAAACUGUCCAUUUCACUUGAUGAUUCGGGAGAGGCUACAAAGGGCGAACUGAUCAAAAGAAUAGGCCACCAACUUGAGGACGCAUCCGUGAAUGAUCUUCUUUUGCUUCAAGCCCCACAUGUUGUGAAGGAAAUACUGGAGUUUACAUUGCAUGGUCGGGACACUUUGGAGGAAACUAGGAAUGAGAUAUACGAAGUUGAAAAAAAGUCGGCAGGGGUUUUGUCUCAUGUUUCACAAGGGAAGGUGGCAAAGUUAAUAGAUGGGUACCUUGCUGGCAUUGCAGAAGAAGAUCCCAAUCUUCAAAUGACUACUUUUGUUGGGUUGGCUGAGAUGGUCUUGCAUUUUCCCCGAGCUUCUCAUGAUGGACUUUACCGUGCAAUCGACAUGUUUCUCAUGAUGCACCCGGGGAUGAGCAAGAGCGAGCGAAAGAGAAUAUGCAAACUGAUGGACUGCAAAAAGCUGUCAGCAGAAGCGUGCAAGCAUGCUGUUCAGAAUGAGAGACUCCCAAUGCGCGUGAUCGUGCAGGUUCUGUUUUUUGAACAGGUAAGGGCAAAUGUGUCAUCAUCCGGAUGCACCACUCCCAAAACCAUUGAUGGGGCCUCCUGCAUUGGGAGCUCAAGAUCCAUUGAGACAACUAACACUGAAGAAGAAGAAGAAGAAUGGGAUGCUGACAAUAAGAAGAGCAGCAGCAUUGGUAAAAUGAAAGCCUUGUUGAUGUCUAAACGGAUAGUCUCCAAAAUGUUGGGGUCAAGUAAAAGUGGAGUUGGACAUGUGGAGAACAGUGGGUCUGAUUCUUCUGACAGUCUCGUCGAUGAAGCAAAAUCGUCACAUUCAAGAAGGGAUAGGCAUUCGGUUUCAUAGGAGAACCAAGGAACGACCUGUUAAGUGCUAACUAACUUUUGUUGAAGGGGUUUUGUUUUUCUCUGGUUUUAGGUUGGUAAUAUUAGCAUGUAAUGUCUCUAAGGUAAGAAACUUUGGUUAAAGAUGAAGAAAGCAUAUCAAAUAGCUCUGAAGCCUUUCACUGUUUAGCAGCUAAACUUUGAUGUAUAGAGUAAUCUAAUUUUAGCUCUUCUCUGCUCUAUUCAGUACUGAAAAAUGAAAUGAUGAUAUGUUA